GUAAGUAAUAGGACUUACAAUGGUGCAUAAACGACGAUAUUUCCUCAUCUUCUAAAAUACCUUGUCUCAAAAAUAAUGUUCCCCAUUCCGUGCCGUCCAAAUGAGCUGCAGCUGUCAAGGGAUGAACUGUUCUGGAAUAUUUCAAAGAUCCAUAACCACCAAAAAGUAACGAGAAGCAAGAUCCAAGAAAUCUUAAGUUUUAUUUAAGCUCUCCAAACUGUUAUUUUAUACUAAGUCACACAAGAACCUAUUAAAUAUAACAUUCCUCACAAUCAACAAACGUGAAAAACAGUCAAUCUGAUACACGCAAGCGCAUGGUGUUAGAAAUUGAACCCGCCACCAUGGAAACAAAGAAGUCCAUGACCCUGAAGUGUUGAAAUACUCGUUUCGUUAUGUCAUACUACAGGGGUUUGAUUAAUGGGGAACAGAUGUAUCUGCGCACAUAGUCCGACUCUAAUUUGGCUUCUCAUACAGUUUCCAAAAAGGGACGGGUUGUGGCGGUCCCUACAAUACGAACCAGUUAUGUCGGAGCGUCUUCAACAGUGCAUACCUGGUCUCGCUGGGCAUCCUUGGCUUUCAGAUGCCUGUGCACGUUUUGCAGAAAUUGCUCAGAGAAGUGUCAUUCCACUUGAAAACAUUGACGCAGUACCACGUGAGACGAAAAUCAAUGAAUGUAAAGAUGAAGUGGAUUGCAUAAAUUUAAAAGCUUUUCAUCAAAUUUUCCAUCAGUUCUUCAUUGAUCUUUUAUUGAAUUCAGCAUGUCAACCUGAUUGGCCGAAUGAACCUAUUAAUAUCGAUCGCAUAAAUUUUCAUGAGUGCCAGUUAGAACUGACGAAGCAUUUCCAUGGUGUGGAUGAAUCUUCUUUGUUUAACAUAAUGGAAAACCUUCAGAAACUGUUGCAUAAGAAUGAACUGACGUCUAUUCAAAAUUUUUUUUUGCAUCUGUUUACAUUAGUAUUUUUUGUUUCUUAUGUACAACACUGUCAGAAGUUACCACCCAAAAAUUUUGUACUCUCUACUUUUGAAUUACACAAAAAUCCAGUUACUUCUCACAUUUUCUAUGAUUCGUUACUUCCUAUACUUCUGUCAAUACCAAAUCAUCGCCAUAGCGAAUAUAUUUUGCAUUUGCUAAAGAAUUCUACUCUUUCUGACCGAUACACGCUCCUGAGUAAAUUAUGUUUAUUGGAAUGUGAAUGGCCUACGGAUUCAUACCCUGUGUUAGAAUUCCUCUUCAGUACGUGUUUGACGCAUCUGUGGUCAUUGCCUGGUGUAUCCGCUAAACAACUUUUUGUACAAUUUGUGAAUAAAUUUAACUCAGAAACCCAAAGAGAUACCGAUCUGAAAAAAUCAGUUAAAUUUACUAAUAUGCUGGUCAAAUUUUUACGAAACUACUCCAACAAUCAGCUAUCGUUACCAUUCCCUGAGGAGUCGAAGACUAUUUUGAAGCAAUUGGCAAAUGAAAACUCCACUUUCCUUCAAAACACAUUAAUGAACUUAGUAUGUUAAAAAAAACAUAUGAAAUGAAAAAUAUAAUUCAAUUCUUCUACGUACAAUGUAUUGUAAUCAUGGUUUUUUCAAUAAAACAUUGUAAUUAACCAAGUCUUUCCUGUUUCUUUUUUCUAUUGUAAUUGUUUUUCCAUUGAAAUCUGUGAAUAUUGUGAGGUUUUUUAUAUUUCUAGAUAUCUCUAGAAUAAUGAAUAUC